ACUCAAGACUGAUAGUUUACAGGAUUCUUCUUCUACAGGACAAGUAGAAACCUCAAAGUCAGCACCAUGGUUGAGUGGACCGAUUUCGAGCGCGCUACCAUCCAGGACAUCUUCUCCAAAAUGGAUUACGAAUCCGUUGGACACAAUGCCCUGGCAAGAUGUCUUGUGGUGUACCCCUGGACGCAGAGGUACUUCGGCAAGUUUGGAAACCUGUACAACGCCGCUGCCAUCAUGGGAAACCCCAUGGUUGCCGCUCACGGUGCAGUUGUCCUCCACGGUCUGGACAAAGCGGUAAAGAACAUGGACAACAUCAAGGAGACCUACGCUGAGCUCAGUGUGCUGCACUCCGAGAAACUGCACGUGGAUCCCGACAACUUCAGGCUGCUGGCUGACUGCCUGACCAUCGUCGUUGCCUCCAGACUGGGCACUGGCUUCACAGCUGAUGUUCAGGCAGCUUUCCAGAAAUUCCUGGCUGUUGUAGGCGCUGCCCUCAGGAAACAGUACCACUAAACUCUGAAUAGACUUCAACUGACGGAGAAGACAAUCAAACGUUUCUGGUUUUAACAACAACACUGUAUCCGUCAGUUAAAGCUAAAUAAAGUUGUUCAGAAUUUAUACAUUG